CCCCCCCUCAACGACCUUCCCUUUUCGGACCGCAAGCGCGCCCCAUGAAACCAGGCUGACCGGCUGUGAGACAAACACCAGCUCGGCAUUGACCUCCAGAACGAGCAGCUACCGUGAGGUGACCGCCGUUGCGGGGGGAGAUUGGCGCUCGAGGGCACGCGUACGGGCUUCAGCUAUUCGCUGGGGCGGCGCGACGACGGCAGAACCAAUGCAGCCCCGUGGCGAUGUAAACCCUGCGAGGAAGGAGGAUCCGCGGGGAGCGUCGGCACGGGACGUCGAUCCAAAUAUGGUGGGCAUAGAUUCGCAUAUAUAUAUGGCGUAACCUAACCCAUCCGAAACUCUCCCUAUCCCGCGAUCGCCCUCCACACCUACCGUUGCUCCCAGCCCCUUCUCAGCCCUCCUCGCCCCCCCUCUACGGGCCCGCAUCCUACCGCGCGAAGACGUCGCGAUGAAGCUCUCGAUCUUAUCUCUAAUUGCCUUCGCGGCCUCGGCGGCGACCGGCGCGCCAGUGACAACCCCGGAGGAGGCGGCGGUGGAGCUGCAGGCGGCGACGACGUGCGGGACCAAGUCCUACACCGCGACGCAGGUCAACCAGGCGGCCCAGAAGGCCUGCACUUAUUACCAGGCCGGCACCACCGCCGGCAGCUACCCCCACACCUACAACAACUACGAGGGCUUCACCUUCGCCGUCACCGGCCCCUACCUCGAGUUCCCUCUCCUCUCCAGCGGCAGCGUGUAUACCGGCGGCUCGCCCGGCCCGGACCGCGUCAUCAUCAACACGUCGUGCAAGCUCGGCGGCGCCAUCACGCACACGGGCGCCAGCGGGAACGCCUUCGUCGGCUGCUCGGGGACGAGCUAGGGCGCCCCGUCGGACAGAGAGAGAGAG